GUUAAUAGUAUACACUCGUGUAGACUUUCACCAGGACGUUGGUUCCCUUUCAGCUUCUCCGCGUCAUAUUUGGUCGCCGACGCAAGUUUACGACGUCAUGGACGAAACCGGAACAAUCAACGUGAUAACAACGUGUGACUGCAACUGACGCCACGGAGAGAACCAUCGUCUAGCGGUCUGUUUCCCAGGCUAUUAAGAGUACAGAAGGGACUAAACGGAAUAUGGCACUGAACAAAUCCAUGCAUCCUCGAAAUCGUUAUAAGGAAAAACCACCAGAUUUUGCAUACCUGGCUUCAAAGUAUCCGGAUUUUCAAAAGCAUGUAGAGACUACAUUAUCUGGCCGGGUGAUGCUGAAUUUUAAAGACCCUGAGGCAGUGCGUGCUCUCACAUGCACACUGCUAAAGGAAGACUUUGGCCUGAGUAUUGAGAUUCCUUUGGAGCGGCUCAUCCCCACCGUCCCUCUGCGCCUCAACUACAUCCACUGGGUGGAGGAUCUGACCGGAGGGCAGGGCAGUCCACGCAGGGGCAUUGAUAUCGGUACGGGGGCCUCCUGUAUCUACCCCCUGUUGGGAGCCUCAAUGAAUGGCUGGUACUUUCUUGCAACAGAGGUGGAUGACAUCUGUUAUACUUACGCUAAGAAAAAUGUUGAACAAAACAACAUGGCAGACCUGAUAAAAGUGGUGAAGGUGCCCCAAAAGACCUUGCUAAUGGAUGCCCUAAAGGAGGAGUCGAUAGUGUACGAUUUCUGCAUGUGCAAUCCUCCUUUCUUUGCUAACCACUUAGAGGCUAAGGGCGUCAACUCGAGGAACUCGCACAGACCCCCUCCCAGCUCCGUCAACACUGGAGGCGUGACCGAAAUCAUGGCUGAGGGAGGGGAGCUAGAGUUUGUGAAAAGGAUUAUCCAAGACAGUGUGCAGCUUAAGACGAGACUCAGAUGGUACAGCUGCAUGCUGGGGAAAAAGUGUAGCCUGGCACCCUUAAAAGAGGAGCUAAGAAAACAAGGGGUCCCCAAAGUAACACACACUGAGUUCUGUCAGGGGCGCACCAUGCGUUGGGCUUUGGCCUGGAGCUUCUAUGAGGAUGUGACAAUGCCAGUCUGUGUGUUCCAGUCUCCACCAAACAAGAAGCGUAAGCUGGAGAAGGCACGUAAGCCCCUGACCUUCACCGUAGUAGAAGCCACCGCAGCAGAACUGCACUCUCAGGCACUCGGCGUCGGCCAGAAACACUCCAGCCAUGUGGAGAGUGUCACCUACUGGUUGGAGACUGUUCUAACAGACCUGAAGGUGUUGCACAACCGCGUGCCUUCCUGCGACUCAGAACUCAGCCUCUUCCUGACUGCUGUAGAGAACACCUGGAUCCAUGCGCGGCAGAAACGUCGUGAACAGAGCCGACAGCUUCGUGAGCUCCACAAAGCCCCAGAACCUGACACUCCCACCGCUGAGAGCAUGGACCCGACACUAACACAGGACGUUACUUAUCCUCACAGUAAUGGAGAAGAAUCCAAGACAAAACAGGACUCUGACAAAGAUACAGAUGUCCGCUUUGAGACCCCCAGCAAACAGGAACAGGGGUCCAGUGUCUCUGAUAUUUCCCCAAGCUCCAGCUCAGUCCACAACUUCCUGUUUAAAUGCCUUAUGAAUGUGAAAGUGGAAGACAGUGAUGUGUUGGUGGAGAUGCACUGGGUGGAGGGUCAGAAUAAAGACCUGAUGAAUCAGCUAUGCACAUGCAUCAAGAACUCUCUCUUUCGCCGUGUAGCCAGGUCCAUUUAACUCCUGCAAUUUCUUUUUUAACAUCUGGUUUUAUUAACAAACUGAGUAUAUGAACUAUACCGAGGUUGUGAUUUCCUGUAAGUCUGCCAGUACAGUACAGUUUCAGAGACAACGGUGAAAUGUUUUAUUCAGUGUUUGGCUUUGUUACAUUUGUAAUAAACAUUUUAAUUGUU